CCCAUUUUGAGGCUAUGUAUAAGCUAUUCACCCCCUGCAUUACUUUCUCCACAUCACAUGCAUAGCCUGAUAACCCCUAUCACAGUAGUUUAGCAGCUAAAAACCCGAACACGUAAAUCGAUCCUGUAAGUACCGGGAUGAACCCGAUGUCGGUGCAUUGUAUAUACCUCAUAUUAAUAUGACUACGAAGCAGCUAGUAACGGGCUAGAUCCCCCAGCUCCACUUCUCUGCAGCCAAACGGCCCCCAAAUUUAGCAUGGUUGUAUAGCAUGAAACGGCAUUCACCUGGAGAGGCGGCAAUGUCCGUAUUAUGGGUUACAUCUGCUAGCGAAUUGGUACAGCAGCCUGCAGAUGAGGAUGAAGCCUAGAUGCUUGCUGUAGAUUGCCAUCUGCGAAGAUCUGGACUUGUCGUGUCGAGGAGACUCGUAUUCUGAUGCGGCUUUUGCGAUAGUAUAAUUACCCAUCGUGGUAAUGAUAUAAACCUCUAACAACAGCUAUGAAAUGCAACAUCAGUAGCAGCGUUUAAGAUAUCCUUCUUUUUUUCUGUUUACCUCUUCUUCUUUUAUCACAUAACUCAACACAAUGACUGUACAAUCCAACGGUCACGGGGGUGCCACUGACGCUGUCGCGGCUCAGGCCGCGCUGGUCCGUUCCCAACAAGAAAGAAGACCCAUUGAAAGCUUCGGGCAUCUUGCGGACUUCGACAGAAAAGAUGCCCCCGUCGUCACCAUGUUCAGCGGUGGCCUGGACAGCACCUACCUGCUCCUCAAGCUCCAGCAGCUCGGCUACACCAACAUCCACGCUGUAGCGGUAGAUGUUGGAGCUCCAGUAGACGAGGAAGGUCUUACCAAACACGCUGCGCACUUCGGCGCAUCAUUCAAAUGUCUUGAUGGUCGCGAGCUGUUCGUCAAAGAUGGUGUCAUGCCAGCCAUUCGUGCUCACGCAACAUACAUGCGCAUGUUCCCCAUCAGCAGCUCCCUCACCCGUCCGGUCAUCGCUCGUCUGAUCACAGACUAUGCCAAUUCCGUGAAUGCAGGCUUGCUCCUCCACACUGCAAACCUGAGCCAGAACAGUCUUCCCCGACUGAACAACUGCAUUCGUCUCUACGGCUUCUCCGGGAAAUUCGGAAGCCCCUACGUCCACUCCGUGACCUCGCGCGAGAAGAAAGCCUCAGAGCUAUCUGCAGCCGGACUGACCAUCAUGGCUGAGCGCAAACUGAGCGGAGACGAAAACCUGUGGUGUCGGGAAUUCGAAGACGGUCCGCUAGGUGACCCGGAAGGUUUCAACAUCCCUGAAGAAGCCUACGAAUGGACACGGCGCAGCGGCGACUAUGCCCCCGAAAAGCUCACAAUCAGCUUCGAGAACGGCAGCCUCUCCUCUAUCAACGGAGACGAGCUUCCCCUCAUCGACGCUAUUGCACUCCUGAACAAGGAGGUUGGCAAGUUCGGUCAUGGCCGAUUCGUCGGGCUCGAGUUUCUGUCGACAGAUGAUAAGGCGUUGGAGAUUCGCGAGGCUCCGGCCGCUGCUAUCAUUAUGGAUGCGCUUCGCCACCUCGAGCUUGCUACGCUGGAGACUGACACGCUGGAGCUGAAGCAGCAGCUCGAGCAGAAAUGGAUUCGCGAGGCGAUUGCCGGUCGCUGGGGACAUCGGUGUCACACCAUGUGUGACGCCGCUAUUGUUGCCGCUUUGGAUGGUGUCAGUGGAAGCGUAACUUACGACAUUGACCACACGCGUUUCUUGCCUUGCUCCAUUGUGGCGAAAAAUCCGCGGUAUAUCAGGGAUCGGGACCAAUGGGAGCAGGGGCAGGAGUUGCUUUGGCGGAUUUAGGUGUUCAUGUGGGUAGUAUUAUAGAAGAUAACGAGUAUGGAAAAGGGAUGUUGUUUAGUUCAGUGAUGUUUG